UGUAAAGCGUACUACAUAUAUUGAAGGCAUAAUUAUACAUUAUCUUUGGAAGAAUAACAACAUAGAAAUAGUUUUGUCUCUCUAAUGUAUGUUUAAUGUUAUUGGUAAUUGAACAGAUUGGCUACAUAACAGUCAGUAAGGCAACACAAAUGGGUCAUCUUCGUCUUUUGUUCUUGUGGAUUUUAGUCUUGUUUUCGCAAUCCGGCCAGUCAUGGGGAUGGGGAUGGGCGUUUUCUUCAAAAGAGAGUGAUUCAUUCAAGAACCCUCCAGAGAACGCACAGAUUUAUACAGAUGCAGUAGCUGAAUUCUCCAUGGAACCUCUCACCAGCCGGAAGGCGAAAGAGCUGGUUGAGAAGGCGGAAACAAUGUCGGUAGGGCUGAGUUCCUGUCGCCGAACUGCUUAUCAAAGGCUCUUUGCCAGUUGUUCAGAUAUUCUUGCUGAUCAAGAGAAGCAGUCUAGGUUAGCUUGGCAUCUCAGCGAUUGCUUUCAAAAGGACACCGGGAGGCCUCCUUUUCCUUACUGUGACACAAAGUCUAGAAUGGUCAACUGCCUUGAGCACUUGAAUGGGGAUGCACAUAAGGUUUAUCUUGAAUUCUAUCUAGAGACCAACUCCAUCUGCCAUCAGUUACAGGCCGGUGCAUUUAAGCAUGAAACAGAGAGAUUGGUAAAUGAACUAAAAAAAUCUGCCCAAUUUGCGGAAGAUAAAUUAGAGAACAUAGAGGAGAAAGCAGAGCAUCUAUUGCAGAGUUCAGAUAAUAUCCAGAAUUCUUUGGAUUCCAUUGAUCUUCUUACCCAACAAGUGACUCAAAGUUCAAAGAAUGUAGAAGAUCAUGUUAGUACUGUAUUGAAGCAUUCAGAAGCUGUUUAUAAGCAAUCUGAGGGAAUUGCAGCUGCUCAAACAAAGCUGAGUGAAGGGCAAGAAAUAAUGAGAGAAAAAUUGGAUGAAGGAAUGUCAAUGCUUCAUGAUUCUUACGAUAAUUUGGGUCGAGAAAUAGACAACUUAAAGAACGAAACAGUUGAAAUUGAGAAGGAGAUUGGUAGAGUUGGAGAUCAAAUGUCUUCGAAGAUGAAAACUCUGGAAAGUAAGGCUGAUGACAUUGGAGCAAUGGCAGGGAGUUCCUUGGAGAAGCAAAAACAACUUCUAGAUGGGCAGUCUGUAGCUCUUGAGGGUCUUGAGUCUCUCACUAAAUUUCAGUCUGAAGCACUUGAAGAGAGCAGGGGAACCUUGCAAUGGUUGGCUGAAUUUGGGCAUAGACAACAAGAGGAGCUUCUUCGACGUCAACAACAGCUUCAACGAGCCCAUGAUCACCUGGUUGAAAAUACAAAGUCGAUGCUGGCAGCUCAGGAAGCUUUUGAAAGCAAGCAAGCAAGCAUGUUUGUUACCAUAGAAAAGAUCUUAGCUUUGCUCAAUACUAUGUUGCUCGAAUCACGAUUCUUCAGAGCUUUGUUCGUGUACUCUAUAUCAAUCUUUAUCCUUUACGUGUUCACUAGUACAAAGCAAACAUACAAUGUGAGACCUAGGCUUUAUAUAGGUCUAUGUGCUACAUUCGCGAUUGAACUCGCAAUCCUCCGGUAUGCAACAUAUGGUAUUGAACGACAGACAUGGAUGGUAAGUCUGGUCCGGUUACUCUUUGUGCUUCUUGCAUCAGUCCAGCUUCUACAUGCCAUUUAUACAUACAGGGACUAUGAAGCGUUGAACCAUCAGAUGCUACGAACACUAAUUGAGAAGGUUAAUGACAUGCAAAGUAAAAGAGAUGAGUUGUGGGACGUGGAUAGCGAUGUGAGCUGGUCUUCGUGGAUCGAUACCGAGUUACCAGAAGACAUGAACAUUGUUGAAGACCCUGAUUAUUUACUUCCUGACUAUUUACUUCCAGAGGAAGUGAGAGAGAAUUCGGUUGCAACUAGUUUAAUUACAAGAAGAUAUGAUCUCCGGCCUCGUCGUCAUAAUUUGUAGCUUAUACCUCAAAGUUUUGGUUUCUUCAUUUAUAUGUUAUCUAUAUUCACUUCCAAUAAUCAAUUUUCACUUAGAAGGACAGUUAAUUUUAAGAAAUCUCAGCCUUCUCCUCGUAACAACUAAUAUACCUUUACGUAAAAUUGUGUUAUGUUUUGAUUAUUUUUUUGAAUUACGAAUGUUGUUUUAUUGUAAAGGAAACGGAUCCUCUCCAAGUCAUUUUGU